GGGUUUUUGCUCACUCUUUUCAAUAGAAACAGAAAUACCCAACUGCCCAAAAGAUUUCUUGGAAAAAGGCAUCUGGCGUAGACAGGAGAGAUGGAGGUAACCAAUGUUACCGAGUAUCAGGCAAUUGCAAAAGAGAAGUUGCCUAAGAUGAUCUAUGACUACUAUGCUUCUGGUGCCGAGGACCAAUGGACUCUCGAAGAGAACAGAAACGCCUUCGCAAGAAUCUUGUUUAGGCCGCGAAUUCUUAUUGAUGUGAGCAAGAUAGAUAUGGCCACCACAAUUUUGGGAUUCAAGAUAUCAAUGCCUAUUAUGAUUGCUCCAACUGCCAUGCAGAAGAUGGCUCAUCCUGAAGGUGAGUAUGCAACUGCAAGAGCUGCAUCUGCAGCUGGAACUAUCAUGACACUGUCAUCAUGGGCGACAUCUAGUGUUGAGGAAGUUGCUUCAACAGGACCCGGAAUCCGCUUCUUCCAGCUUUAUGUGUACAAGGAUAGGAACGUUGUUGCUCAGCUUGUGAGAAGAGCCGAAAGUGCCGGCUUCAAGGCCAUUGCUCUAACGGUUGAUACACCAAGGCUUGGACGUAGAGAGGCUGACAUCAAAAACAGAUUUACUUUACCACCAUUUUUGACGUUGAAGAACUUUGAGGGUUUGGACCUUGGCAAGAUGGAUGAAGCUAACGACUCGGGGUUAGCUUCUUAUGUUGCUGGUCAGAUUGAUCGGACCUUAAGCUGGAAGGAUGUAAAGUGGCUUCAGACCAUCACCACCAUGCCAAUCCUGGUGAAGGGUGUGAUCACUGCUGAAGACACAAGGUUAGCAAUUCAAGCUGGUGCAGCGGGUAUUAUCGUAUCUAAUCAUGGAGCUCGCCAACUUGACUACGUGCCGGCCACAAUCAUGGCUUUGGAAGAGGUUGUGAAAGCUGCACAAGGCCGUGUUCCGGUUUUCUUGGACGGUGGGGUUCGCCGUGGAACAGACGUUUUCAAGGCACUAGCGCUUGGAGCUUCUGGCAUUUUUAUUGGACGACCCGUGGUGUUUUCUUUAGCCGCUGAAGGAGAAGCUGGAGUGAGAAACGUACUUAAAAUGUUACGCGAUGAAUUUGAGCUAACGAUGGCGUUAAGUGGUUGCACCUCGCUCAAACAGAUCACCCGUAACCACAUUGUGACCGAGUGGGAUGCACCUCUUGCUCGUCCUGCGCCAAGAUUAUAGAUAAAUCACAACGUCUAGAUCGGGACUUGGUAGCGGCUGACUACAUUUCCAAACGUAUAGCUGCAACAUCAUGCCCAGAUGCCUCUUUGGAACUCGAAUAUUUUCAAAUUUAUUUGUUCGUGUAUUUCGAAUUGUUCGUUUUGAAAUAAUAAAGUUGCAUGGACUUGCACGUUACAUAAAUGCCCGUUAUUGUCGUUGUAUAUUAUUCUCUACGGGA